UAAAUAAGAUUAGAAAUUGAUGAAGUGUUGUACAAAUUAACCCUAUACUAGGCUAUUAGCGAUCAUUGUACUUCUAAAUAUAAUUAAAAUUAAAAAGGAGGAACCUUUCCCCGUAAAACACCAUUUUUCUGCUUAAUAUCUCUGUUUACAAAACCAGCGACGGCAAUGGAAGAAUUGGAGACUGAGCUCAACGAGGGUUUCUUAACCAUCUCUACUUUGCCAGACAAGGGUCGUUGCCUCUUCGCCACCAAACACUUCUAUCCAGGGGAAGUUAUUCUGAGAGAAAAGCCUUAUGUUUCGGUGCCUAAUAAUAAGUCCAGAUGUGAUGGUUGUUUUGGGACCAGUUCUCUUAAGAAAUGUUCAGUUUGUCAGAUUGUUUGGUACUGUAGUACUUCAUGUCAGAAGGAAGAGUGGAAAUUGCAUCGUCUUGAAUGUAAUGCUCUUUCAAAGCUUGAUAAAGAAAGAAGAAAAUCUGUUACACCUUCUUUGCGUUUGAUGCUGAGACUCUACAUUAGGAGGAGAUUGGAAUCCGAAAGGGUUAUUCCUGCUACUUCCAUGGAAAACUACAAAUUGGUGGAGGCAUUGAUUUCUCAUAUAUCUGAGAUAGAUGAGAAGCAACUGGUGCUCUAUGCUCAGAUGGCUAACCUUGUCAACUUGAUGCUUCAGUUGCCUGAUGUCAACAUAAAAGAGAUUGCAGAAAACUUUUCCAAGCUUGCUUGCAAUGCACAUACAAUUUGUGAUAAUGAGUUGAGACCCCUGGGGACCGGGCUGUUUCCUGUCAUAUCUAUUAUUAACCACAGCUGCUUGCCAAAUUCUGUUCUGGUUUUUGAGGGAAAGUUAGCUGUCGUGCGUGCUGUGCAACAUAUACCCAAAGAUUCUGAGGUGUUGAUAAGCUACAUUGAAACUGCGGGAAGCACUCUGACCCGUCAAAAGGCUUUGAAAGAACAAUAUCUCUUCGCUUGCAAAUGCGUUCGCUGCAUCAAAUUGGCUCAACCAGAUGAUAUCAAUAAAGGUGCAAUUGUGGAAGGUUAUGGAUGCAAGAAUACUGAAUGUGACGGCUUUUUACUCCGUGAUUCUGGUGACAAAGGAUUCAUUUGCCAACAGUGUGGACUUAUUAGAAGCAAGGAAGAAAUAAAGGAGUUAGCAAGCGAAAUAAAAUCACUGUCCGAAAAGGUUCUUGAUUCCGCAUCCUCACAAAAUAAUCAGGAAUUGAUCACUACACUUGCUAUUGAGAAACUUAAGAGAAAACUUUGCCAUCGUUUCUCAAUCAGCUUGAUGCAAACUCGCGACAAGCUUUUAAAGAUGUUUAUGGAUUUGCAAAACUGGCAUGAAGCUCUAUCUUAUUGCAGAAUGACCAUUCCAGUAUAUGAGAGAGUAUAUCCAAGUUUUCAUCCAUUGCUUGGUUUGCAAUAUUAUACAUGUGGCAAACUUGAAUGGUUUCUUGGGGAGACAGAGAAUGGUGUGAAGUCUCUAACCAAGGCAGUUGAUAUACUUAAAAUCUCUCAUGGAACCAAUACACCUUUCAUGAAGGAGCUGUUGAUGAAAUUGGAUGAAGCUCGCGCCGAAGCCUCUUACAAACAAACUCUCACCUAAAAUUUGACUCAAAAUCUUCCUCUUCUUCUUUUUCUGCUGCUUGAAAUUCUAUGGGGUUUUGUCAAUCACAUUGUUUAUUUGUUUUUCCUCUGCUAUGGAAAUAGAAUGUUGAUUAGGAAAAAGAAAGCCAUGUAGAAGAGUAUUGUUGAUUGUACAAUUUUAAUACCAAGUAAAUAAAAAGGAAGAAGGGAAUACUUGAUUAACAUACCAA